AUCAUAAAGAUUAAAGUUUAAAGUUUUCUAUCAAAUCCACUCAGAGUUCUCGACUUCUCAACAAGAUGGGAUUACCUCAACUAAAACUAACCAACCCACCAUCAACUUCAACAACAAACACUUCAACCACAACAAAUCCAAUCUCAAUGAAACAAAUCGAUCCAUCCCAUGAACCAUCGACUUCAACUCUUUCAAUCAAACUCAACAAUCCUUCUUCAUUUCAUCAAUCUAAUCUAUCAUCAUCAUCAUCAUCAUCAGAUUCCAAUCAUCAAGUUCCUUCACACAACCCAACCACAUCCCUCAACCCAUCCUCAAACCCAAUGAACCCAACCGAUUCCCACCAAACCCAAACCCCUCACCAACCCCAACCGCAAGACAUAAUCGAAGAAAACCCAGCCCAAGAAGCCGAAGAAGAAGAAGACCAAGAACCGAUUGAAAUCUUUGGAACCUCACCCAUAGGAAUCAUAGGCAAAACCAAACCAAGAGCAAUUGUAAGAAUCGAACGAGAUUAUUCUGCAAAAGGUGCGACUAGUGGACGAGUUCAGUUUUGGGAUGGAUGGGUUACUGAACUUGAAGGAAGAAUUACUCCACUUCAAUUACAAAACACUUUGAAUGAUUUGAAUGGGAUCUUAGCAUCGGCUUAUGAUCCUUAUAAAUCGAUUUUAGAUAAUACGUUUUCGGUUUUGAGUUUGUAUCUUUUACCUUUGAUUAUUACUCCUCAUUACAAAAAAGAAAUGAUCAGGUUCACACGUACCUUAGAAUUAGUUAAUCAAAGUUUAUUGAACCCAGUAGGUUUAAACCUUUUACAUCCUCGUAAGGUCGCUUUCUUAUUCCUUGAAAUUGAGUAUUAUUGAAGUUGUUAUGAACAGUUUAGGUUUUGAUUUAUUCAUUUGAACUUAUUUAUUAUUAUUUAUCUCUAUGAAGGCUCAUCAAUUAUUUUCAUAUUAAAUUCAAAGAUAAAUCUUUCUGCAAACAAAACAUUAAACUUUUUUUUGUAUUGAAACCGGUUUCUCUUUCUUCUUCUGUUGCUAUCGUUUUUGUUUUGCAUUUCUUAUCUUUUCUCAAACCGAUCUGUUUUCCAUCUUAUCAUUUUGAUUUAAUUCGUUAAACCUUUUUCUGUAACCUUUGUAGUUUUUUUACUUCUUUACUUUAUAUCUUUGUAUGACUUUUGAUAAUUUUUGGAUUCUUUGUUACUAUAUCAUCUAUACAAACGAUUAACUUUUUUUCUUUUCGAAUGGGGUUUCUAAAUUUUAUCUUUGUAAGACUUUGACUUUUUGAUGAAGUUUAAGCACUCAAGAUCUUUUACCUGAUUGAAUUCUAUACACAUUUUCAGGAACGUACAAGAUUAUAAACAUUGAAAUUAAUUUUUGAAGAUACAAAGAUUUGCUCAAC